CAAAUGCGUAACACUCGUUUGUAAAACGCCCUUUUAACCUUUCAGUCGAGUCAUCGCUUUCGCUUUUCCCUAUAUCCUCAGCAGAGUCCUGUCGCCUGCCUACGCAUUUGUUACCUAUCGAAAAUCCCCCCUUGUCCCUAUCGACGACCGUUCGUCCAAUGGAGCCAUGUCCACAACCGCUCUCCCUGCGUCCAAGUCGCUGCAACAUGUCGACAAACCACAGAAGAAGUCUCAAGCCCUGAGAUAUCCUUUCUGGUUCGGCGGCAGUGCAGCUUCUCUAGCUGCCGUGGUCACUCAUCCCUUGGAUCUAAUCAAAGUCCGCCUCCAAACACGAACGGCGCAAGCUCCAAAGACGACCCUUGGGACCGUCGCCUUCGUCUUUCGAAAUGAGGGAGUUCUUGGUCUAUAUGCGGGCCUCUCCGCGGCCCUUCUUCGUCAAUUGACGUACUCGACUGUUCGCUUCGGCGUCUACGAAGACCUCAAAACGCGAUUCGCUCCAAUACCCACCGAGUCAAAUCCUAAACCACGACAAUCUCUUUUGAAUCUUGUUCUCAUGUCAUCGGCUGCAGGAUUCCUGGGAGGCAUUGCUGGGAAUCCAGGUGACGUACUCAACGUCCGAAUGCAGUCAGAUGCGAGCAAGCCACUGGACCAGCGACGAAAUUAUAAGCAUGCGCUUGAUGGGUUGAUUCGCAUGAUCCGUGAAGAAGGCCCGGCGAGCAUCUUCCGCGGCGUCGAGGCCAACAGCGCAAGAGCACUUCUCAUGACUUCGUCACAACUCGCGUCAUAUGAUGUCUUCAAACAGAUGUGUCUCCAAAAGUUGGGUAUGUCGGACAACCUUGGCACUCACUUUACAGCAUCACUCGCCGCUGGAUUCGUGGCUACGACCAUCUGUUCUCCGGUGGAUGUGAUCAAGACUCGAGUCAUGAGUGCUGGUGAAAAAGUCUCGAUCUUGACUCUAUUGACCAAAGCCACCAGAAAGGAGGGUCUGCUGUGGAUGUUUAGAGGAUGGGUACCCAGUUUCAUCCGACUGGGGCCUCAGACCAUUUGCACCAUGGUCUUUUUCGAGCAACACAAAAAAUUGUACAGAAAAUGGAAAGGGGUGGACGAGUGAUUACUAUUGCAACGCGUCUCGGAUUUUCAUUUCCAAAGGCGUUUCAAAAUGGUUGCAGCGACACGACCACAGCACGAGGUGUCAUGGCAGCCAUAUGAAGCUGAUCUUAGCAUAGGCACGGCGUUGAUUGAUGGGCAUGAGUGACAUGGGCUUGCCAUCCGUUAAAAUAAUGUUGAUGCGCCCGCAC